AGACCUCUUCCUCGGCCAUGGCGUCUGGCUGUGUUCUUGACAUCUGGCAGUGGAUCAGAAACCUCCCAGAGCAAUGGAGGGGAGGAUCUUACUCUCUUCAGAUUUGCAACUCUCCAUCCACAAACCAAUCUCUGGAGCUUGUAAUCAGCAGGCAUUCUGAAACCCAACCACUCAACCUGUCCUUCUCCAUUUGUGCCGAAUUCCAUGAUCCAAUCUCACUCUGGAGCUCCAAUUACUCUAGACUGAGAUCUGCUAGUACCACAGAUCUUUCUGCCCGUUUCUUGCAUGAUGUCAUCUGCGGGGUUCUAAGUUAUGGGCCUUAUUGUAACAGUAGGCCGCUCUUGAGGCUGCCAAAUGUGCAGAUACCUGAAGACUCCGGCAUGAUCUUCAACUUGGCAACCCUCACUCUCGCAAUCCUGGUCUCCAUCUACGAAGCUCCGUCCAGCCUCCGUCGAGAAUUCAUCGACAAGAUCAGCGCGCACCUGGCGCGCAACGAGGCGCGGAACGCGGCCAGGAAGCUGAUGCUCACCCUGGGGUCCAACGUCGAGGAGCAGUGGAUGCGGUCAGUGAACCUCGGCGUCACCAACUGGACCAUGGAGAGUCUCCGGUCCGGUGGCGCCUCGGCGUCGCCUUUCGCGGUGUUCUCCUACGCUGUUUGUGCAAGCAGGCUGUGGAAGAUCCAGGCGUACUGCCCGGUUGUGGCCAUGAUCAUGGAGCACCCCUCACAUCAGACGAAAGAUGAGAGGCUGCUGUUCUCACUGAAUUAUCAGCAGCUUGAGGGCGUGAUCCAGUUGGUGUACAGUGUCGCCUUCAAGGAGAACUGGAUCGACGUCGCCGUCAACGUCGACAACAUAAGGUGUGACUUGGUCCAGCUGGUGUCCGAGACCCUGAUGGCGAAGCAGGGCUACGGCUCGGACGAGAAGCACUUCCCUUCGCGCGUGUCGCUGCAGCUCACCCCCUUGUCGCAGUCGAACAUCCUCUCCCUGUCCGUGGGCAGGUCGACGGACAACCCCGUCCACGAGGUCGGCGUCGACACGGGCCUCGACGUGACCCUGAGCGUGCCGGCGUCCAUCGGCAUCGGCGUCUCGGCGCACGAGACGGUGACCAUGACCCUGAAGCCCUGGAAGUUCGAGCACUCGGUGCACGGCAACACUGCGUCGCUGAGCUGGUUCCUCCACGGCGGCGCCGACGGCAGGGAGGUGUUCUCCAGCGAGCCUCACAGGCUGGAGCUCUUCCGGCCGCGGUCGUGGUUCCGGAACCGGUACACCAACCCCAGCAGGCCGUUCACGAGGAGCGGCGGCGUGAUCUUCGCGGGCGACGAAUACGGCGAGGGCGUGUGCUGGAGGAUGUGCCCAGCGGCCGUAGGCAAGACCGUGGAGUGGGAGAUCAGGGUGAGGGUGUGGGUGACGUACUGGCCGAACAAGAAGAGGACGCUGCACACAGAGACGAGGAGGCUGGAGUUCAGAGAGCUGCUGCGGCUCACCAUAGCAGAGUAGACAAAAAUUACUACCAUUUGUCUAGGUUGUGUGUGACUGUGU